CACAAUCAUCUCCUCCACACUCACUCACACACUUGAACUGCAUUUCCAUCCAAAUUUUCCAAACCAACCAUGGCUAGCUCAAUGUUUGUCAAGAUUACUUUCUUGGCUAUGAUAUGCUUGGUUUUGGGCACUCCCUUAGCCAAUGCUGCCCUUUCAUGUGGUCAGAUACAACUCACCGUAGCACCGUGCAUUGGAUACCUAAGGACCCCUGGUCCAUCUGUCCCCGCACCAUGUUGCAAUGGGAUUAGGAGUGUAUAUUACCAAGCCAAAACUACCGCCGAUCGUCAAGGUGUUUGUAGGUGCCUCAAAUCCACUACACUCAGCUUACCUGGACUCAAUCUUCCUGCCCUUGCUGGUGCCCCUGCCAAGUGUGGUGUCAACGUCCCCUACAAAGUUGCCCCUUCCAUUGACUGCAACACGGUGAGGCAUUGACCAGCUUACAUGGCUAGCUUGCACUUGAUGAAUAAGUAAUACUUGGUUGUGGGAAUAACCAAGUCAGAAUAAAGAAGAUUGCUUAAAUUCUCCGAUUGUAGCCGAAUCCCCACUAGGGAUCACUAUGUAUUUUAAUGAUAAUUAAAUAAAAUCUGAAAUGUUUCAGGUCAAAAUAUUCAUUAUCCACCAUGACAUUUGAAUUUACUAUCAUCUCUCGUGAUUUCUA